UGACAUAAGUCAGAGUUGCCUCACGAAAGCUUUUCAUGAGGUUCUCCCUCCCCUCUCUCUCUGUGUGCUGUAGGACUUUGUGUGAGAGAGAGGAAUGAUAAAGUAGAGGAGUUCAUAGUGAAAUAUCUUUUAAACUAGGCUAUAGGUAGUAGCCUAGGGAAGUUUGGAGUCUACUUUUGGGUAGGCCUAUAAAACGCACAGCGACUUGGUCUCAUCUUUCUUUUACAUUUUAUUUGUUCAGUUUCUUGUGAGUGAGAAGAAGAGGAAGAAGACUUCACUUGAGUCGGAAUACUGAGAAGAUAUCUACAAAAACAACGUCAUGUUGGCGGUCAACGAUCAUGGAACCUACGCUGGCAAAAAGCGGAAGAAGCCUUUACAGAAAAUCAAACCUCGUCCUGAGAACGCCAAGACCAACCCCUCCAAACGCCACCGGGAUCGUCUGAACGGGGAGCUGGACAAGUUGACGAGCCUGCUGCCCUUCUCUGAGGAUGUACGCUCCCGCCUGGAUAAGCUCUCCGUGCUGCGCCUCAGCGUCGCCUUCAUCAAGGCCAAGAACUUCUUUCAUUUGACUAUGAAGAAUAACAGCCUGCCGUGUCCCACCGGUAAUGGCUGCUACGCCAGCGGAGCGACGCCGACCAGCUUCUCGGAGGGAGAUCUGCUGCUUCAGGCUCUAAAUGGCGUUGUACUGGUGGUGACAUGCGAGGGAUAUGUCUUCUACGUUUCCCCCUCCAUCCAAGACCACCUGGGCUUCCAUCAGUCUGAUGUGCUGCACCAGAGCGUGUUUGAACUCAUCCACACCGAAGACAGGGCCCUGUUUCGCAGCCAGCUCCACUUUGCCCUCAACCCGCAGAGCCUCAACCAGGACCAAGGAGCCAUGGACCCACAAAGCAGCGACACCACCCAGAACAUCAUGACCUAUGACCCCCAGCACAUCCCGCCAGAGAACUCCUCCUUCCUGGAGAGGAGCUUUGUGUGCCGCAUGCGCUGCCUCUUGGACAACUCCUCCGGCUUUCUGGCCUUAUCUUUCCAGGGCAGGCUGAAGUACCUGUAUGGCCAGGGCGCUGUGAACGGCACGGGCCCCUCUCAGCCCCAGCUGGCCCUGUUCGCUGUGGCCAGACCUGUGCAGCCUCCGUCCAUCCUGGAGAUCCGCUCCAAGACGGUCAUCUUCCACAGCAAACACAGGCUGGACUUUGGCCCCUUGGGCUUAGACUCCAGAGGGGAGGUCGUACUUGGCUACACGGAGUUUGAGUUUAACAGGAUCGAGUCUGGAUAUCAGUUUGUCCAUGCCGCCGAUAUGAUGCACUGCGCUGACAACCACGUCAGAAUGAUGAAGACUGGCGAGACUGGCGCCACCAUCUUCAGACUGCUGUCUAAGGAGAAGGGCUGGUUGUGGGUGCAGUCUAACGGACGACUCAUAUACAAAGAUGGCCGACCGGACUUCAUCAUCGCGCGAGAAAGAGUCCUUUCAAACGAGGAAGGCGAGGAGCACCUCCGCAAGCGGCGUCUGCAGCUCCCCUUCAACAUCACCACUGGCGAGGCCGUGCUCUACGAGAACACCCCAGUGCUGGACGCGCCCAAGCCCUGUGGCCAGACCAAGGCGCCCAAGAUCGCCAACGUCUUCAAGGACAACAACGUGCAUCCCAACUCCCUGCUGGGCUGCUUCUACAGGCAGAGCCAAGCCGCGUACAUGCAGUCGGAGAGCGAGGCCCAGAUAUCCCUGGAGAAGGUGUUCAUGGAGAGCCGGGCGCUGGUCAACGUGCCCUGCGACUCCUCCUGGAAGAGCGAGCAGCUUGCUGGCGAGACGGUGGACAGCAUGCUGGAGUCUGUCCUGGAGACCAUUGAGCAGAUGGCUAGUGAGGAGGUUCAGCAAGGGCAAGGGGUGGUCGGGAGGGUGGACCAGUCGGAUUUGAAGGACUGGGAGAACGCUCUGCUCAGGCUGGGACAGACGCCCAGCAACGGAGGUGGCGACGGCACCCCGAGCCUUGACGACAUCCUCACCGAAGACGUCUUGGCUUACCUGGAGGAGACCCUGUUGAAGGACAGCCUGGCGCCCCACGCCCAUGCGCUCCCCAUUGUGCCGCCGCAGAGCUGCAUGGCGCCUGGUGGCGGUGGCGGUGUGCAGUUUGAGAUGGGACAGAAGACGUUGAACCACAGUAGCAGCUGUGUGAAUGGGGUCACAACAGCGACGGGGAUGAGCCUAAGAUUCACGCCGCCGAGAGUCGGUGCUGACAAAGACCCACAGGUGCCUGGCAAUCAGCGCCAAAUGGCCCAAUUAAACCUGCAGCUGGAUGACUUAUUCCCUCCAUCGCUUGGCGUGGCAGAUCUGAAGGACUCUGUCGUUUUCCCGCACAACGGACUGGCCACUUCAUGGGAGAGCUCAUCGCCCUGGGCUGGACCAGGUAAAGGUGUGGGCCAAGUGGUGAAGUCGAAGGGAUGGAGUCUGAGCCCUCAAAAUCACCAGGCUUUGCCCAGUUGCAAAGUAAAUCAAGUGAACCACCAGGACCUGUCCCAGUGCCAGCCACCUUUUGCAAUGUCUGUUCCAGGUACAGUUCCACACAACUUUAAUGAGCCCAGCAACAUCCCGCUUGAGAGGAAAAUGAAUGCUGCUCCUGUGGAUCCACAGAAUCCUUCUGCGCUCUCGAGCCCAGGGACUAACUUUUCCAACCAACAGGUGAAUCACCGAAACGCAUGCGGACUCAAUACCCACCACCACAAUGGUGGUGACAACCCCAGCAAUGCCAGUCAACCAUUUCAGGGUACAGCUGGUCUGUGGCAACAGAUCGGGCAGCAGAAUGUCAGCCUGAACGGGUUUCCAGUGGACUGCCCGAGCCAGGUGCCCCUCAAAGCCGGGCAAUGGGCCCCUAACAACAACCAGAACUGCCAAGGUCAGAGCCAGAGCCAGAGCCAGAGCCAUUUCAAUUUUGUCAAGGAGAAGUUCCAGCCCAAGCCACCAGGGGGCCUUCUUGCCAACGAUUCACAGCAGCCUCUCAGCAGCUGCAUGUUCAGCACGGCACGCGGCCAGUCCAGCGCUGCCUGCCUGAGUCAAGGGCUUUCUCACACCGUACCGGAGGGCACUGGCAGCAGCAGCGUGCCUCCAUUGUCCUGGGAGGCAGUGCCUCACAACCAUAGCCCGCCUCAGGGCUCCUGCUACUUCCAGUGGAAUACCAACAAGCCGGUGGUUGGCACAGCAACUAUCCCCCAGGACAACGCCUGUAUCAGUCCCUCGGCCUGCCAGGGGAUAACGCCGGAGACACCCGCCUCUGACGCCAUACUUCAGCAGUACCUGAACUGCAACGGACAAACACAGAUCCAACGCCUUCCCACAGCCAAUGGCGAGCCUGCAGCCAUGCCUCCCCUUGUCAAUGGAGCCUUGCCCUUCCCCGAGACGACCCCAAUGCACUGCUACAACUACUAGAGCCACCGCACCCUACCCUGCUUCAGUUCAUCCCCUGACAGCUCUGGAGUGGGACCAGAUGGACAUUGCACAGAUGGUGACGUGCAUUCCGCCGAACAUGCGUUGAACUGACUGACUUCAAAGGCUUGUAUUACUGCAAUGAAGAGAAAACAAGGGGGCACUUAUGGACUGUCACAGCUACAAAAAUAUUUAUUUUGUAUUGACUUAACUCCCUGAAAUGUCUUCCCCCUCCCCCUCCCCACAACCCACACACUGAAGCGUCAGUGUUUUUGUAUAUUUGAAUUAAUAAUGAAUUAUACAUGUAUUUUGUAAAACAAAGUAAUGAAGAACUCAAAGUUUUCCUUUUGCCUACGUUGCAUUCAGGUAAAUGCAGUUAAAAGACAGUCGUCGCUAAAACCUCUGUUCAGGCACAGGCUUGUGAAUCAAACAAUAAUUUACCUUGCACUUCAGCGUAGAUGUGCAGUUAUUAUACGGUAUGUACUACAUGUGCCUAAGAAAUUUGUAUGUAAGACUGUGUAUGUGUGUGUGUGUGUGUGUGUGAGAGAGAGAGUGUGUGCGCUUGCGUGUAUGCAAGUGUGUGUGCGUGGAAAUGCAACAUAACAAAGACAUGUACAAGUGGCAGCCACAGUGCAUGAAAAUUGUGCAUAGCACAACCAUGUCCAAGGCUUUAAUACGUUUUGCCAAAGAAUGUGUUAAACCUUUAUAUCCUGUCCCAUUUUAAUGCUAUACAGAUACAAUAAACAUACACCAAUGACAUUUUCUACAUAUCUUUUAUGUACACACUAUAUUGCAUAUUGUACCACAUUUUUAAACGUUUGACACUAGAUAUAUCAUGUAAAAUCUUUUCAUGUGCCUUUUGUGUUACAUAAGUGCAGUUAUCCUCUAUAUGCAGCUUGCCUUUAUGUAUGUUAUUCCUUAUUUGCAUAAUAAACAUUGAAACGAAAACA